CUUGCUAGCAUUUCGUACCUCGGUCUUGGGCGGACUAUAUCUUGACACCGUUGUCACAAGCGUUGUUCCAGCGACAAUAACGGUACACUGAACCGUCAGCUGGCGGCUCAUAGAGCGUUGCAUUGGCUCACAUUGGCAACCAGUCCCUACUCAAUGUAAUUCCUCGAUAAUCGUCCAGCAUGCUCAGUACAGAACCAACGGGCCGAAAGAACGCUAUCGAUCUGAGUUUCAAGACCAUGGAGAUCCUGUAGACGACAAAGUAUCGCGCUUGGCCAAUUACGAUAAUGCUCAGGGAGUAAUCGCCCUUCUAAUAAAGAGCAUCACAUUUCUGCGCCUUGACUUGCACACCCGCUGCACCUUCCGCUAUUACAAUGUCCCCGAUUUCGUUCUCACAGCAGAGCAAGGAUUCCUUGGGCGACUCCCAGCACGAGACGGCACAUACUAGGAAAAACUUCGCGAGACUCAAUUGGCACCAACGUCAAGAUGACUUCAAGCCCAUUAUCGAUGGUUUUCGAGGCUCGCCACGUAUGAACAUCGCAAUCCUGAUCGUUGGAAGUAGAGGCGAUGUUCAGCCAUUUAUCGCUCUCGGUCAAGUGCUAAAGGCGGCUCCGUAUAACCACCGCGUCCGAAUCUGCACCCACCCGGUGUUCAAAACUUUCGUGGAAUCGGACGGCCUCGAAUACUACGCAAUCGGGGGUGAUCCAGAGAAGCUCAUGUCGUAUAUGGUACGUAACCCGGGCGUUCUGCCGACUAAAGCCUCUAGAAAAGCCGGCGAUGUGGGCGCACGACGCGCUGAGAUUGCUGAGAUGCUAGACGGCUGCUGGAGAGCGUGUACAGAGGCGGGAAACGGGGUUGACUCUAUCAACCUACCGGCCACGAAGACCCUAAGCCUUGAUUCAACAACCUCGCUGCCAGAUCCAUUCAUAGCCGAUGCCAUCAUCAGCAAUCCACCAGCAUAUGCAAAUAUCCAUAUUGCGGAAAGACUAUCCGUACCUUUACAUAUGAUGUUUACUAUGCCCUGGAGCCCAACCACAGCAUUUCCCCACCCCCUUACCAACGUCAAGUCAGGUGCUAGCAAUAACAAGAUGGCCAAUUAUCUGUCUUACUACGCUAUGGAGCUGCUGACUUCGGAAGGUCUUAUCGACCUUGUAAAUGAUUUCAGGGUAAACACUCUUGCUCUCGACCCGCUCCACGCUGCCUGGGGUCACCAAUUGCUUCCACAGCUCAAAGUCCCAUUUACUUACUGCUGGUCUCCAGCAUUGAUACCAAAGCCUCAAGAUUGGGGCUCUAACAUCGGCAUUAGUGGAUUCUUCUUCUUGGAAACAGCAAAAUCAUCAUUCCAACCGGACGAAGCAUUGUCCAAGUUCUUGGAAGCCGGACCUUCACCGGUCUAUAUUGGUUUCGGAUCAAUUGUAGUGGACGAUCCUGAUCAAAUGACAAAUAUGAUACUCGAAGCUGUGCGACUAUCAGGAGUACGCGCUCUUGUUUCCAAAGGUUGGGGCAACCUUGGAGGCAAAGACAUUCCGGAAAAUGUCUUUUUGCUCGGCAAUGUACCGCACGACUGGCUUUUUCCGCGCUGUUCCGCAGUGGUUCACCAUGGCGGUGCUGGAACGAUGGCCAUCGGUAUAGCGCUGGGAAAACCAACAGUAGUAGUUCCGUUCUUUGGCGACCAGCCAUUCUGGGGAGAGAUGGUCGCGCGUGCUGGUACUGGUCCAUCACCGAUAAGAUACAAGGACUUGACGGCAGAAAAGCUAGCAAGUCAGAUUACACAAGCUCUGGAACCUCAAGUCCAGGACCGAGCAAAGGAGCUCAGCGAUCUGAUUCGAAGCGAAACGGGCACAAAGACGGCAGCCGGAAUGUUCCAUGCGACUGAACAGAUGCAAAUCCUCAACUGCUUCCUAAUCCCCGAUAGAGUUGCUGUCUGGCGAGUGCGACACACUAAUAUCCAAUUGAGCGCAUUAGGAGCUAGCAUUCUCAUUGAUCACAACAAGAUCGACCGAAAGUCUCUCAAGCCCCUACGCAAACACCGCUGGUAUGUGGAAGAAGGCGCCCAAGAUCCACUCAUCGGCGCUCUGGCCACACUCGGUUCGACGGCCGUUGGCUACAAAACUUGCGUCUCGAGAUUGAACAGAGACAUAAAAGGACCAACAUCGAAAGAUAGCGUUGCUCCGAAAGUCCUGUUCGACGGCCAGGUUGCUACUGACGGAUCAGGCAACACUCUCAAAAGCAUCGGCAGAUUCGGGGCCAGUAUCGGCGGCAAGAUUCUGCAGUUCCCGAUUGAUCUGUUAUACAAUGUAACGAAUGGCUUUCACAACGCGCCUGCUCAUUCAAUGGGAGAUCGGACUGUCCGUAUGAGGAACGAGAUCACUGGCAUCAGAUCAGGUCUGAAAGCAGGAGCCGAGGAAGUCUGCUUUGGACUGCACGACGCGAAGACCGGUGUUGUGACCCAGCCGAUCCAUGGCUUCGAACAGGAUGGUGCGGUCGGUCUUGUAAAGGGUGUAGGCCGUGUUGUCGGAGGCCUUGUUUGUAAGAGCGUGGCUGGUACUUUGGGAUUGCCAAGUCACACAUUAAAGGGGUUGGCCAGAUCCAUUCGCAGAGGUUGGAGAGACAGCGACGCGGCGCCAGAUGAAGAGGCCAUUGUUUUCCUGAGGCAAUUGGAACACCUUGAAAGUGUCAGUGGUCAAAAAGGUUCUGCAGAUCAUACGCAGGCUAUCGCCUUGUCAUACGUAGGCAAAGCGAGUGGUAACGGAGUCAUGCGUAUGGUGAGGAGACGGCGAGGAUGGCAGAACUACAUAGAAUUGCUGCAGCUUCGACAAGACCCUCAGCUGGCAGCACACACGGAACAAGAUGUUCUGUCGCGAUGGGGAAGCUUGGAUGCUCCCGUCAAAUUUUGAGCAGAGUGUGUUUGCGAAUUGCACGACAGACAUUCGACUGAUUCGUGUGCCAAGAUUUCAUGACGCUCUUUCUCGAUCCUCGCAAUAUCCUCGUCUCGAUAUCCUGCUCAUUCACCUUUUUCCAUUGUGCGAGUGGUUCAU